GGGGAAGACCGGGGUGCGGGGUGGGGGUUGCAGAAGGAGCGGAGCUGAGCGGCUGCUGCUCAAUGGCGGAAAAGCCGCCGGUGCUCUGACCGCCUCGUCCCCCUAGCACUUGCGGGGGAGUUUCUUGCCGGCGCGGUUGGAGUCUCUGUUUCUCAGGGUUUGGUGGCCGGAAGAUGCUCCAGAGAGACGAGGCUGCGGCGGAGGAGGUGGCGGCGGCCGAAUCGGCAACGGCGCUAGGGUGGAGAGAAGGCGGCAGCGGCGGCGGCGGCGGCGUGCGGGGCCCGACGGUGUAAACAGCCCCGGAGGUGGCGGAGGCGGUGGCCGAGACCCCCAGGGGGAAGCGGCGACUGAGGCAAGGUCGCGCCUCCGUUGGAAGCCUAGGCUGAGUGCAGCAGGAGGGCUCUGCGGCGGCGUGAGCGGACGCCCUAGACCUCGCCUCUCCCUCGCUCCAGAUUCAUUACAAACAUGGGUGCAUUUUUGGAUAAACCCAAAACUGAGAAACAUAAUGCUCAUGGUGCUGGGAAUGGUUUACGGUAUGGCCUGAGCAGCAUGCAGGGAUGGAGAGUGGAAAUGGAAGAUGCACACACAGCUGUUGUAGGUAUUCCUCACGGCUUGGAAGACUGGUCAUUUUUUGCAGUUUAUGAUGGUCAUGCUGGAUCCCGAGUGGCAAAUUACUGCUCAACACAUUUAUUAGAACACAUCACUAAUAAUGAAGACUUCAGAGCAGCUGGAAAAUCAGGAUGUGCUCUUGAGCCUUCAGUGGAAAAUGUCAAGAAUGGUAUCAGAACUGGCUUUUUGAAAAUUGAUGAAUAUAUGCGUAACUUUUCAGACCUCAGAAAUGGAAUGGACAGGAGCGGUUCAACUGCAGUGGGAGUUAUGAUUUCACCUAAGCAUGUCUACUUUAUCAACUGUGGUGACUCACGUGCUGUUCUGUACAGGAAUGGACAAGUCUGCUUUUCUACCCAGGAUCACAAACCUUGCAAUCCAAGGGAGAAGGAGCGAAUCCAAAAUGCAGGAGGCAGCGUAAUGAUACAACGCGUUAAUGGUUCAUUAGCAGUGUCUCGUGCUCUGGGGGACUAUGAUUACAAGUGUGUUGAUGGCAAGGGCCCAACAGAACAACUAGUUUCUCCAGAGCCUGAGGUUUAUGAACUUUUAAGAGCAGAAGAGGAUGAAUUUAUCAUCUUGGCUUGUGAUGGGAUCUGGGAUGUUAUGAGUAAUGAGGAGCUCUGUGAAUUUGUUAAAUCUAGGCUUGAGGUAUCUGAUGACCUGGAAAAUGUGUGCAAUUGGGUAGUGGACACUUGUUUACAUAAGGGAAGUCGAGACAACAUGAGUAUUGUACUAGUUUGCUUUUCAAAUGCCCCCAAGGUCUCAGAUGAAGCAGUGAGAAAAGAUGCAGAGUUGGAUAAAUACUUGGAAUCACGGGUUGAAGAAAUUAUGGAGAAGUCUGGUGAGGAAGGAAUGCCUGAUCUUGCCCAUGUCAUGCGCAUCUUGUCUGCAGAAAACAUCCCAAAUUUGCCUCCUGGGGGAGGUCUUGCUGGCAAGCGCAAUGUUAUUGAAGCUGUUUAUAGUAGGCUGAAUCCACAUAGAGAAAGUGAUGGGGGUGCUGGAGAUCUAGAAGACCCAUGGUAGCCUUAUAAACUUCUAAAAUGCUUUUGAUUCUGAAAAUUGGGGCAAAAACUUUUAAUCACAAUUUUCUUCAAUACAAGGGAAAAAUAUUCUUGUGGAUUCCCAACGUUUUGUGAUAUGAGCAGAAAAUCAUUAGCAUUUCCCAUCAUUUGUUCAUAUUGUGUUUUCUGAUAAUUGCCACUUGUAGCAUUGCCUGUACUACAGUAUUUUUGCCAACCUCAGGCAUACUGGUUACAUCUGUGUUGAACUUUUGGCCCUAGAAACCAACAGUUAAUUUCAUCACAAAUAACGUUUGUGCCUGAGGUGCAUGGGAAUAUAGUUAGCUGUACUCUGAAGAUACAUUAUGUUUUUUUUUUUUUUUUAAACAAGACACACAACAUAUAAGCAUGUAAAAGUAAACAAUUGUAUGAGAUGUUCUUUUUUUCAGUUCACCAAGUUGAAAGCCUUUUGCAGCUCUGUGGCUUGAAAUUUCAUUUGAGCAAUUUACUAUAGGGUAUAUAUUUAUUAUUAAUGGUUAUUUAAUUUCUUUUCCAAUUUUACCUGUAUUACCAAACUGGGUUCUCCAUGUCCACAUUGUAAUGUUGCCUGCUUUGAGAUAAGUGUAUCUGGCAAUAAUACUAUAAACCCUGACAAAUUUUAUGCACGUAUCUACUUCAUCCUUCCACUCUCACUAGAAAAUCUUUGAAACCAAAUGGAUUAAUUUAUGGCUAUUUAUAAUUUGCUUUGACAUCUCACUGCUGCAAAUUUUUUAAAUGAUGAGAUUUGCCUUUAUAAUGUAAAUUGUGAUUUUGGUUUUACAUGUGGUUUUCUAUAGUUUUAAUUUUUCAGCUUUUAAGAUACGACAAGUUUUGUGUAAUUUGGUAUAAUUUUUAAUUGUUUACAUUAUUUUAAAAGCUCAGAAUAUCACAUUGAAAUAUGACUAUAAAUACAUUUAAAAUUAUCUAUUUUAGAUCUAAGGAAAUAUUACAGAGAUAUUUUCAUGGGUUCAGUAACCCCUUUCAUUUUAUAACAUUGGGCACGGUACAGAGUGGCUGUCACAUAAGGUACUUGAAGAUUAUUAGUUUAAUUCUAUUUUUACAAUAACCUUGAAUUCCUGAAUUCUUUUUGAGUUUUGCAUGUAUCCAAUUAAUGCUGAACAUGAAGAGUAAAAUAUUUAUCUAAAAGCUAUCGGAGUAGGAGAAGCAAUGAAUGUAUCCAUUUGUACAUGGUUUACAUGUGGUGGAUGCUUUGUAAACAUUUUCCUGUAUGUUUAAAUUGUGUUUCAGCAGGAUGUAAUUGCCCUUGUGUAUAGUUACAAUGAGUCAUCAUCUGGUCCUGUGUGAAAUAGAAUUCAUGGUAUUUUCUGUAACAUUUUCCUGACGCUGUUUCCGGGGAGUCACACAUUUGAAUACAGACGGCUUCCUUGAUCAUUUGAUUUAUUGUGCACCUGAUUUUUGGUCUACAAAGAAUUAUUGCCACAGUAUAUUUUAUUUAUUCUUUAGAUUUUAGCCUUGUAAGUUAAAGUGCUUUACAUGAUGACGUUAAAAGCUAUUUGUCCCUUUACUGGGUUUGGGGGGCUGUUAAAAGAUAGGGAAUGAAGAAUGCAAAAUGGUUUAUUGUUCAACUGUCCACUCUGAUCCAAUCCUGUACUGAUAGUACCUUUCCAGUAUGAUAUUGUGAUGUUUCAUACACUGCAGUGAACAUAACCAACUUGUUGCCUAAAUAAAGAAUUGAUAAAAACAGUGUGACACAUUA